AUGUCAUCCCAACAACCUCUGCCCAUCGUCAUCUGGGUGCAUCCGCGAUCAUGCUCCACCGCCUUCGAGCGCUCGCUCAUGCAGCGACCUGACACCGUCGUCUUCCACGAGCCCAUCGGUGACCCUUUUUACCUCGGCAAGGAACGCCCUUGCCGUCGUUUCGACGACGAGCACGCCAAAGCAUCCGGCAACUACGACCUCACUGUCACCCAAGUCCUCGAAAAGGUCCUCAACCCUAUCCAAGAAGACAUGUCAAAAGGCAAACCCUUCCCACCCAAAUACAUCUUCCUCAAGGACAUGGGUCAGUGUCUCUUCCCCGCCGACCUUUUGCAUCAACUUCACCCCAACUCCAAGGUCUUCCCCGCCCCUGCCACAGGCAGUAGCAGCGGUAAGAAGUUCGACCCCAACGCUCCCGUCAUCGAAAACCCCACCACCGUCCCAACCAACAUCCUCAAGCGUUUCCGACACUCGUUCUUGAUCCGCACCCCGGAAAAGUCGAUCCCUUCUUACUGGAAGUGCGUCCAAGAAGGAGCCUCGGGUUGGACUUUCUGGGACGAAGCCGAUGCAGGAUACAUCGAACUCAAGAUACUGUACGAUUGGAUUUCCAACCCCAACUCCACAUUCAACACCGAAUCUGGCGAUGAACUUGCCGUGCAGCAGCCACAACCACCCCCUCUGCUCGACGCUAGCACCUUGCUCGCUCACCCAGACCACGCUAUCAAGAGCUAUUGCGAGGCUAUCGGCAUUCCUUUCUCCCCCGAGAUGUUGACUUGGGACUCGGGCCCGGUCAACGAAUGGGCUAAAUGGGGCGGUUACCAUGAUGCAGCACAAAACUCGACCGGGUUCAAGAAGGAAACUGCUUCUGCUACGCCUGGAGAGGAAAAGCCCAAGGCAAAGAUUGCUGAUCAUUUGAAGAGCGCUGUUGAGGCUACUACCCCGCCUUACCAAUAUUUGCUCUCCAAAGCCACCAUUAAGGCUCCCUAA